AUGCGUGUCACUAGAGCUUCCACAUCCCACUCACGCGUAGUUGAACGCCUUUCAUCUUCGUCUGGAUCAGACAUGACAUCAGUCUUGACGCCAUUGUCGAAACUAGUUCCUCCUGAAAAAUCAAAGUUGAUGUCUUCAACCAAUCCGACACAGCCAACUCAGCCACAGACGCAAGCAUUACCAAAUCCAAGCUCUUCACACCAGGCAUACACUACUCACUCCUCAGCUCAUCAUCCGCCCAAUAACUCAGAUACCAGAUCUGCAUCCAACCACAAGCAGCAUUCGGAUAUUGAUUACAACCAGGAACAACAGAAAUUGACUGAUCUUGGAAACCAACUCUCAUCCGAGCUCCACCACUUGGCAACAAUUUACAAAACUAAAGCAACGAAAUACAAAGCCAUCUCCAGCUACCAGGCAUUGGAAGUGGAGAAGCGUAAACUCGUGGCUACUACCUCAACCAUGCUCAAACUGGAAACCAACCAUGAUACUAUUCAACGUAUAAUUAGUGACUCAAACGCGGUGAUUUUCCCCAUGUAUUUGAAACAGCAUUACUUGAAGGUCCAUAUUGGUCAGAUUGUCGAUCAGGAGAAAGAGCUCGAAGUGAUUAGAGCCAAUUUGGUCAAGUUGCAUCAAGAGUUUGUUGCAACCGAAACAUUGAUCACAAAGGGGGUUCAAUUAGAAUAG